GACGGAACUGCUGUAGGGUCGACGAGUAAUUGAAGAUGAAGGGGGGAAAUGGGAAUUAAAUAGCGUGUUUUUUAUAGUCGCAGUGGUAGUUCGGUUAUAUUUGUGAUUCUCUGUAAGGCGGAUGUUGUAUGAGGCCCCGCGGAGGACGUGUUUUAAUCGAGGUAGUGAGUGUAGGGAGAUUUGGGGAGGGCUGUAGCUGCUGGGCUGUGUUUUUUUUAGGAGAGGGAAAACAACAUGGCGGCGGUGGAGCUCGAAUGGAUCCCUGAAACCCUUUACAACACCGCUAUCUCGGCUGUGGUGGACAACUACAGCCGCUCAAGAAGGGACAUAAGGUCGCUCCCGGAAAACAUACAGUUCGAUGUCUAUUAUAAGCUUUACCAGCAGGGCCGGCUCUGCCAGCUGGGAGGAGAGUUCUGUGAACUGGAGGUGUUUGCUAAAGUGCUGCGAGCUUCAGACAAAAGACACCUUCUGCACCACUGCUUUCAGGCCCUGAUGGACCACGGUGUGAAAGUGGCCUCAGUCCUGGCUAACUCCUUCAGCCGCCGCUGCUCCUACAUUGCAGAGUCAGAUGCCCACGUCAAAGAGAAGGCCAUCCAGUUUGGCUUUGUGCUGGGUGGCUUCCUGUCUGAUGCAGGCUGGUAUGGAGAUGCAGAGAAAGUUUUUUUGUCGUGCCUGCAGCUGUGCACGCUCCACAGUGAGGUCCUCCACUGCUUCAGAGCUGUAGAGUGCUGUGUCAGGCUGCUUCAUGUCCGCAAUGGAAACUGUAAGUACCACCUGGGGGAGGAGACCUUCAAGCUCGCUCAGUCUUACAUGGACAAACUCGCCAAACAUGGCCACCAGGCCAACAAGGCAGCGCUGUACGGCGAGCUCUGUGCCUUGCUCUUCGCCAAAAGCCACUACGAUGAGGCGUACAGGUGGUGUAUAGCGGCUAUGAAGGAAAUCACUCCCGGGCUGCCUGUCAAAGUCGUUGUUGACGUCCUCCGACAAGCCUCAAAGGCCUGCGUGGUGAAGAGAGAGUUCAGAAAAGCAGAGCAGCUGAUCAAACAUGCAGUGUUUCUAGCGAGAGAGCAUUUUGGACACAAGCAUCCCAAGUACUCAGACACGCUGCUAGAUUAUGGAUUUUACUUAUUAAAUGUAGACAACAUAUGCCAAUCAGUCGCUAUUUACCAGACAGCCCUGGACAUCCGACAGUCUGUGUUUGGGGGAAAGAACAUCCACGUUGCCACCGCCCAUGAAGACCUGGCCUACUCCUCGUAUGUGCACCAGUACAGCUCUGGGAAAUUUGACAACGCUCUAUUCCAUGCAGAACGUGCCAUAGACAUCAUCACUCACAUUCUGCCUGAGGAUCACCUGCUGCUGGCUUCCUCCAAGAGAGUCAAAGCUUUGAUCCUCGAGGAAAUCGCCAUCGACUGCCACAAUAAGGAGACAGAAGAGCGCCUGCUGCAGGAGGCUCAUGACCUCCACCUCUCAUCGCUGCAGCUUGCUAAGAAGGCUUUUGGAGAGUUCAACGUCCAGACGGCAAAACACUACGGCAACCUCGGACGACUCUACCAGUCCAUGAGGAAGUUCAAGGAGGCAGAGGAGAUGCACAUCAAAGCCAUCCAGAUCAAGGAGCAGCUCCUGGGUCAUGAGGACUACGAGGUGGCUCUGUCUGUGGGUCACCUGGCCUCCCUCUACAACUACGAUAUGAACCAGUACGACGACGCAGAGAGACUCUACCUGCGCUCCAUCGCUAUCGGUAAGAAGCUGUUCGGGGAGGGUUACAGCGGACUAGAAUACGACUACAGAGGCCUCAUCAAACUCUACAACUCAGUGGGGAACUACGAGAAGGUGUUUGAAUACCAUAACGUACUUUCCAACUGGAACCGGCUGAGGGACCGGCAGUUUGCAGUAGCGGACGCCCUGGAGGACGUCAACACUACGCCGCAGCAGACCCAGGAAGUGGUACAAGCUUUCCUAUUGGCCCAAAGUAUGGGCCCAACCCGCCCUUGCCUCGGCUAAUUCGAUGAGGGAAGAGAGGAGGGGAAAAAAAAAAAAGACGCUUGGGCUUUCGCCUGGUGAGGACAGAAACGAGCCCAGAUGUGAUGCUCCCGUUGAACACAAUAAAUUAGCAACACAACAAAUUCAAGCAUCACCGGCAAGUCAACUGCCAGUACACACACACACACACACACACACACACACACACACACACACACACAUACACAGAUUUAGUCGUGGAUUUAAAAAGUAGAGAAGACACCGUUAUCAAACCUCAUUGACACCCACACGAACCACGGAGAUGGUUACUGCAAACGGUACUGCAGCCUGGACGCAGCUUCACCCCACAGAGCAGACUGAUGAUGCAUUUCUCCAAGAGAAAAAAAAGGAAAACACGACUGAGGGGGUGGGGUUAAAAAAAAGAGAAACCUCUUAACGUCCUGUAAGGAUGACCAAUAACCUCUCCUCUUGUCUCGCUCGCCUUUUUCUUUCAGUUCGGAAUGGGAGGACCUCCUUCUUUUUUUUUUUUUUUUUUGCUUUUUAUAUUUGAACCAGUGUAGCUCUGAAUGCCAUGAGACUUUAGGGCUACGUACACAACAGUAUCUUGGCCCUGACUAACACAUCUGCGAAAUAUGUCUCCACCCGCAAUCCAUCAUAACUACGAGGAACAGAGAUGGAAAAUGUCCGAUGUUUUUUUUGACACUUGUGGAAUAUUGGAGCAGAUUGUACUCUUACGUUUUGAUUGAAGGCUUCUUUUUUUCUCUCUCUUUGAAAAGGAAGUGCACCCUCAGAAUCCUUCUCGUUGGAGAGAUUACAACCAGAGGAAUGUGUUAAACCAGUGGGUUUAUUGUUACACAAUUACCACAUUACAUUUGAUUUGAUCUCGUUUUCCAGCGUAGUACUGAUCUAGAACAAUUAAAAUGCCAAUAAUUUAUAUGCAAAAGUG